AUGGCGCUGUGGUUGACCAUGGGCAUUGCUCUCACCUGCCUUGGUGGCCUUGCCUCCCCAGGCCCCGUACCUCCCUCUACCAACCUCAAGGAGCUCAUUGAGGAGCUGGUCAACAUCACCCAGAACCAGAAGACGCCCCUGUGCAACGGCAGCAUGGUGUGGAGCGCCAACCUGACCGCGGGAGUGUACUGCGCAGCCCUGGACUCCCUGGUGAACGUGUCGGGCUGCAGCGCCAUCCAGAGGACCCAGCGGAUGCUGAGGGGACUCUGCACGCAGAAGCCCUCGGCCGGGCAGGUCCCCAGCUCGUACAGCCGAGACACCAAGAUCGAAGUGGCCGAGUUCGUCAAGGACCUGCUCAGACAUUUAAGGAAACGUUUUCACCGCGGAAAGUUCAACUGA